AUGGGAUCCGCAGACCACUAUGACAUCGUUAUAAUUGGUGCCGGUAUCGCAGGCAUCAAUGCCGCAUACCGCGUACAGACCACGCUCCCACAUCACUCCUAUGUCAUUCUCGAAGCCAGGCCCGUGCCCGGGGGCACAUGGGAUCUCUUUCGCUACCCUGGAGUUCGGGCCGACUCGGAUAUCCACACGUACGGGUUCCCGUGGUAUCCCUACCCUCGUGAGGAAACCAUGCCCAAUGGUCAUGCUCUCUUCGAAUACAUCAACGACGCAGCGCGGGUGUCCUCCAUCGACUCUCACAUCAUUUUCAACCACCGCGUGAUGAAGUCGGCCUGGUCCUCCCAAGACAACAUGUGGACGUUGGAGACGGUGGCUGAGCAUGUAGAGGGGCGCCGUUUCCGUUCCCGGUUUGUGAUAUUUGCCACAGGAUACUUCGACCAUCAGCGUCCUCUAUCGGUAGAAAUUCCAGGGUUGAGCACCUACCGCGGGACGGUCGUGCAUCCCCAGUUCUGGCCACCAGACCUGGAGUAUAGCGGAAAGAAUGUGGCUGUCAUAGGCAGCGGCGCAACUGCAAUAUCGCUUGUCCCCAAACUUGCAGAGACCGCAUCCGCCGUGACAGUCAUCCAACGUAGUCCAAGCUACAUCGUGUCUGUGUCUUCUAGCUCGGGCAAUAGCACAUGGCUAACGCGACUGCUUCCCACCGCCCUCUCACGCAAACUAAAGUGCUACGGGUGGCUGGCCGUCACUCUCGCGGGCUGUUAUAUAUGUCCUCGGUUCCCCCGUCUCGCGAAAGCCUUCAUCCUCAAGUUAGUCGGUCAACAGCUACCGGAUCAUAUACCCAUCGAUCCUCACUUCACUCCCCAAUACAAUGUGUGGGAUCAGCGCUUGCUGGCCUGUCCCAACGGUGAUUUCUUCCAAAGCCUGCGCGGCGGCAGGGCCACCAUCGAGACAGCACACAUUCAAGCAAUCACUGAUCGCGAUAUCGUCCUCGACAGCGGGAGAGUCGUCAAUGCGGACAUCAUCGUUACUGCUACCGGGCUGAGCCUUCAGAUCGGGGGCGGCACCCAGUUCACAGUCGACGGGGAUCCCUGCGACUUGUCCCAAAAGUUCAUGUGGAAAGGUGUCAUGCUCCAGGACAUCCCCAACGCGUUUUUCGUUCUAGGCUAUUUGACCAAUGCCUCGUGGACGCUUGGCGCCGAUAUCAGCGCGUUGCUUAUUUGUAGGUUGAUCAAGCGUAUGGAAAAUGGGGGAGGGAACUCACUGGCGUGCACCCCUCGUAUGCGUGGCUCGUCGGGCCUGCCUUGUAGGCUUUGGGAUCUGAAGUCUACGUACGUCGUCGCUGCUGAUGACAGUUUACCCAAGGCGGGGGGUGUCUCUCCGUGGCGGCCUCGGUCGAACUAUAUACUGGAUUACUUCGAUGCGCGGUAUGGGUCGUUUGGAGAAUACAUGGAGUUUACCGAGGCUGUUUGA